AUGCAGGACCAACACCUUGCUCUGCCCGACUAUUGCGUCGGUUGCAAUCGCCAAUUCGUCCCUCGACGAGUCAUAGUGCCUAUCGAGCUCCCUCCUCCCACUCCCGAUUCUCGCCACAAGGGCUCUCGAGGACUUGUCCACGGAACCGGCAGAGUACGCGUCAAUGGAACGAUAAAGCCAGCUCCACCCGUCAAGACGCGUGUUGAGAUUGACCAAAGUGACGCCCCACUGUAUUGCUCCCCGGAAUGCGAACAAAGAGACCUCGAGUUCUCAUCUGGCUGCAGCGAGAGUACCGACAGCGACGACUAUGUCGUUAUGCCUAGCAACAACACCAAGUCCGCCAGCGCCAAGCCGGCCGCCCGUAACUUGAGCACACCUAACACUCGGUCGAUGGACCAUCUACAAACACUCUACUCAAUGCCCCCCCUCCCCCCGCCAACCACCGAAACCUAUGACGAGCUUGCUCCUCUAACCACCAAAGGCGCCCCCAAACCACUCGAGUUCGUCUCCGGUGUUAUGAUGGCAAAUCGUCGAAUCGAAGCUGCUCUCCCACAGCCCCGUAAGCCGGGUGAGCCGGCAGGUCCCGUAACUCCUGUCCCUGGCUGGACGGACGGCUCUCAAGCGUGGCGGGCGUCGACUUACUCCUUUGCUGCCCCUCCUCGCAAGCUGUCGGACAUAGCCGACCCCAAUCAUGCUGCCUAUGGUUCAAUCAUUGCGACCCCUCACCGCUCUGCGAGUGGGGGUGUCGUUGCAAACGUGGAGUCUUCGUCCCCAACAGCAACUAGCUAUUCCUCCACUUCCUCUCGCAACUCAGAUAUGCUAUCGUCAUUCGAGGACUCAUUUGCACGUCGUUCGUCUUCCCGAAUCUCCCUCUACUCCCCGAGCACCUCUCCAGCGUCUUCUAUCUCUUGCAGUCCACCUCGUAAACAGGUCUCUGACAUGCUUCUUGUCCCGGAUGUUUUACGCCAGCGCGCUGGUUCGGCGCCAUCGUCGUCCUCUCUGGACUCCUUGCCACAAGAACAUGGACCUCGACGACACUCGGCUGGAGCUUUGCCGCCUCAUAGUUUCCCUGGAGCACGUGCUCGUAUGCGCAGUCCACUUGCCGUCCAGAACACUCUGGAAGACGACAAUCUUCGCUGCACAUCCCAGGUUGCAACAUCUAUGCCCUCCCACCGUCAACAGAAGACCCAGCGACCUCUAAUAGAGACUCGCUCCUGGUCGUACGAUAAUGUGCGGACAUAUCCCGUGAUGCCUCUCCCGACUAUCAAGGAGACUCGCAUAGUCAAUGGUAUCCCCACUGUCGUUGAAGUAGCCCGCACGCAAAAGCGGCUAUUUACCUUCGCAGACACUGUUCUCAGCCCAUCUCGUUCGGUUUCGGAGUUGUCCAUAUAG